CCCUUCCCCGGCCCCCAGGCCCGCGCCGCCCCGGAGCGGGAGCCCCAGGCGCAGGGAGGCCGAGCGCGGACCUGCCAGCAGGCUCCAGAAUGGCAGAAGACGACCCAUAUUUGGGAGGACAUGAACAAAUGUUUCAUCUGGAUCCUCUGAAUCAUACAAUGUUUAGUCCAGAAUUAUUUCAACCGGAGAUGCCACUACCAACAGCAGAUGGCCCAUACCUUCAAAUAUUAGAGCAACCUAAACAGAGAGGAUUUCGUUUCCGUUAUGUGUGUGAAGGCCCCUCCCAUGGAGGACUCCCUGGUGCGUCUAGUGAAAAGAACAAGAAGUCCUACCCUCAGGUCAAAAUCUGCAACUAUGUGGGACCUGCAAAAGUUAUUGUUCAGUUGGUCACAAAUGGAAAAAACAUCCACCUGCAUGCACACAGCCUGGUGGGAAAACAUUGUGAGGAUGGCGUCUGCACUGUGACAGCCGGGCCCAAGGACAUGGUGGUCGGCUUUGCAAACCUGGGUAUACUUCAUGUGACAAAGAAAAAAGUAUUUGAAACACUGGAAGCAAGAAUGACAGACGCCUGUAUAAGGGGCUAUAAUCCCGGGCUUUUGGUGCAUCCUGAUCUUGCCUAUUUGCAGGCAGAAGGUGGAGGAGACCGGCAGCUCACAGAUCGGGAAAAAGAAAUCAUCCGCCAGGCAGCUCUUCAGCAGACGAAGGAGAUGGACCUCAGCGUGGUACGGCUCAUGUUUACAGCUUUCCUUCCAGACAGCACCGGCUGCUUCACGAGGCGUCUGGAACCCGUGGUGUCGGACGCCAUCUAUGACAGCAAAGCCCCCAAUGCAUCUAACUUGAAAAUAGUAAGAAUGGACAGGACAGCUGGAUGUGUAACUGGAGGGGAAGAGAUUUAUCUUCUCUGUGACAAGGUUCAGAAAGAUGACAUCCAGAUUCGAUUUUAUGAAGAGGAGGAAAAUGGUGGAAUUUGGGAAGGAUUUGGAGAUUUUUCCCCCACAGAUGUUCAUAGACAAUUUGCCAUUGUCUUCAAAACUCCAAAGUAUAAAGAUGUCAACAUUACAAAACCAGCCUCUGUGUUCGUCCAGCUUCGGAGGAAAUCUGAUUUGGAAACCAGCGAACCAAAACCUUUCCUCUACUAUCCUGAAAUCAAAGAUAAAGAAGAAGUGCAAAGGAAACGACAGAAGCUCAUGCCCAAUUUCUCGGACAGUUUUGGCGGUGGUAGCGGUGCUGGAGCCGGAGGCGGGGGCAUGUUUGGCAGCGGUGGUGGAGGUGGGGGUGCUGGAAGUACCGGCCCAGGGUAUGGCUUCCCCCACUAUGGAUUCCCCACGUAUGGUGGAAUUACCUUCCAUCCUGGAACCACUAAAUCUAAUGCUGGGAUGAAGCAUGGAACCAUAGACACCCCAUCUAAAAAUGACCCUGAAAGUUGUGGCAAGAGUGACGACAGAGAGGUUGUAAAUCUCUCCGAGCAAGUAACAGAAACCACAGAACAAGAUGGAGCAUCCUGCACGGGGGGCACUGCCGCUAACCUGACGUGCUCGGUAGGAGUAAGAGAAGAGAACUGCAGCUUCCAGGAUAACCUCUUUCUGGAGAAGGCGAUGCAGCUGGCCAAGCAGCACGCCAAUGCCCUCUUUGACUAUGCAGUGACAGGAGACGUGAAGAUGCUGCUGGCCGUCCAGCGCCAUCUCACUGCCGUGCAGGACGAGAACGGGGACAGUGUCUUACACUUGGCAAUCAUCCACCUUCAUAAUCAGCUUGUGAGAGAUCUGCUGGAAGUCACAUCUGGCUUGAUUUCUGAUGAAAUUAUCAACAUGAGAAAUGAUCUCUACCAGACACCCCUGCACUUGGCAGUGAUCACCAGACAGGAAGCUGUGGUGGAAGACUUGCUGAGGGCCGGCGCUGACCUGAGCCUCCUGGACCGCUUGGGUAACUCUGUUUUGCACCUCGCUGCCAAAGAAGGACAUGAUAAAAUUCUUGGUAUUUUACUCAAGCACAAGAAGGCAGCACAACUUAUUGACCACCCCAACGGGGAAGGUCUGAAUGCCAUACAUGUAGCCAUGAUGAGCAACAGCUUGCCGUGUCUGCUGCUGCUGAUGGCCGCGGGGGCCGACGUCAACGCCCAGGAGCGGAAGUCGGGGCGAACAGCCCUGCACCUGGCUGUGGAGCAUGACAACAUCUCCUUGGCUGGCUGCCUGCUCCUGGAGGGUGAUGCCCACGUGGACAGCACCACUUAUGACGGAACUACACCCCUGCACAUAGCAGCUGGGAGGGGGUCCACCAGGCUGGCGGCUCUUCUCAAAGCAGCAGGAGCAGAUCCCCUGGUGGAGAACUUCGAGCCUCUGUACGACCUGGAUGACUCCUGGGAUGAGGAUGGAGAGGAUGAAGGGGUCGUACCGGGAACCACUCCUCUGGACAUGGCCUCCAGCUGGCAGGUAUUUGACAUAUUAAAUGGGAAACCCUAUGAGCCAGAGUUUACGCCUGAUGAUUUGCUGGCACAAGGAGACAUGAAGCAGCUGACUGAAGAUGCAAAGCUGCAGCUCUACAAGCUGCUAGAAAUUCCUGAUCCAGACAAAAACUGGGCUACUCUGGCACAGAAAUUAGGUCUGGGGAUACUGAACAACGCCUUCCGGCUGAGUCCCGCUCCCUCCAAAACCCUCAUGGACAACUACGAGGUCUCCGGGGGCACCAUAAAGGAGCUGGUGGAGGCCCUGAGACAGAUGGGCUACACCGAGGCCAUUGACGUGAUCCAGGCAGCCUUCUGCACCGCAGACACCAGCCCGGCCAAGACCACCUCCCAAGCUCACUCGCUGCCGUUCGCCCCCACCUCCACAAGGCCACAAAUAGACGAGCUCCGGGACGACAGCAUCUGUGACAGCGGUGUGGAGACCUCCUUCCGCAAACUCAGCCUCGCCGAGUCUCUGACCAGCGGCACCUCCUUGCUAACUCUUAACAAAGUGCCCCAUGAGUACGGGCAGGAAGGACCUAUCGAAGGCAAAAUUUAGCCCGCUGGCAGUUUCCAACACCGAGGAAACCGAAGCUCGGAGACUCCGCCGUGUCGCCCGGAGAAAGGAGGCGCACUCAAGGGUGCUCCGAGGAACACAGGCCGGCCUGGAGCACAAUAGAGCUCCAGGCCUUUUAAACGUGGAUUUCUUCUUUGGCUCUGAAGUGAAUUUUGGCUCAGCUGAUGGCUGGGCGGAUGCCCCGCUGGGGGUGCAGUGGCUUGUCGAGCUUUGCCAGCUGCCUUCUGCUGCCAUUGCUGCUGCCCCUCCGCUGCCUGCCCUCUCUCAUUACAAGCUGUCACCCCCCCCCCCCCCCCCCCCCCGCCUGCCUUCUGGCUGUCCACAGCACAGGUGUGCACUCAGAUCAAGGCUUAUGGAAAGGGAUGCCACCUUGCACCUUGGUAUGAUUUUAAAAGACUCACUGCGACUCCCCUGGGGGGGCCCAGUGGUUAGAACCUGGCGCUUCCACUGCAGGGGCACAAGUUCCAUCCCUUCUUGGGGAACUGUUGAUAAGAUCCUGCAAGCCAGGUGGCAAGAGAAAGGAAAAAAAGCUCACUGCUUUUUCUAAUUGUGUCUGUGAUUUGCAAAAGGAACAUGUACAUGGCAAUAUUUAAACAUGAUUACAAUCAAUGCUGAAAAUGGUAUUUCCUCCCUUUUCUGCAUUUUGCUAUUGUAAAUAU